GUCACUUUGAGUGCUAUGUAAAUUUUAAUAUGAUGAGAGUGUUUAAUCUAAAGGACGAAACUUUCAAUUGUAUAUAACAACACAGUUUUAAAAAAGCCUAUAGAUAACUGACGCAAUAAAGCGAGUAAAAUCAUUAUAGUUAGAGACACAUCACAAUCACUUCAGGACAGAAGACUAAGAAGUAAAGUACCAAUAAUACAAACAACAGUGAUACAUAACUUUUAAUGCAAAAUAAAAAAAAAUUCUAAUAUGAAUAAAACUGAAAAAGAAACAAAUAUAAAGGCACAUUUUUAUUCUUUUUACCAGGUUCAAUUCAUACAGCAAAUAAAUGCUGGAUAAUCCCCAGGGAGAUUGUUUGUUGAAAGGAAGCCCAAACAUCCACACAAUAUUUGCUACUGAACUCAACAGUGGCGCUCAGACCUGGGUUCAACAUCAUGAAAACAAAGCUGUGCAAAUUUUGUUUUGACUCUUAGUGACACUUUGAAUUAGUUUUCAAGCUGGACGUAAUUUCUGACAUGAAGAUUAUUACGUCAGAGGAUGAAGGCCGGUAGGGAUGGAACUCGGAACCAUUUUGGUACAGAUAUUGUUCAAGCAUUUAAAAUUGUCUUACAUUGAAAGAAGAAUCUAAUUUUGUUAACGGUGUGUGAUUUAUACAGGGGAGCAAAUCGAGAAAAGUUUUUCAAACUGCCUGGAAAAUGUCUUCUGAGUUAUCUAUCUAUUACGUGAACGUCGAUUUAAACUAUCAAACAUCAGACUUUAUUGUUCAAGCAUUUAAAAUUGUCUUACAUUGAAAGAAAAAUCUAUUUUUUUUAACGGGGUGUGAUUUAUACAGGGGAGCAAAUCGAGAAAAGUUUUUCAAACUGUCUGGAAAAUGUCUUCUGAGUUAUCUAUCUAUUACGUGAACGUCGAUUUAAACUACCAAACGUCAGACUUUGAAAAUAACUCUGUGUAUCUAUUUGAUCUCAUUAAUCUGUCCAUUCUUACCACCAUUUUGUGUCUGUUGGGAAUUGUGUCUAAUAUAUUGAACUUAAUAGUGUUUUAUAAGCAAACAAUAACUACAGUGGCUAUUAGCUUGAUAGCCUUGUCCAUCACUGACCUCAUCAACGUCAUCUUAAUGGAGUGGGUCAGUAUCAGUUCGUACCCUUCCCUGCUUACGCUCAACGACCUGAUCAUAUUUCCAAGAGACGUCAGUUAUAUGACCGGUGGGUUCCCACAUGGCUGCAUGUCUAGAAUCACGGCCUGGAUCACUGUGUACAUGACAGCUGAGAGAUGCCUCUGUGUAGCGUUGCCUCUGCGAGUGAAGUUUCUGAUAACGCCAAGGAGAACUCUUGUAGCAAUGUUCUUCAUCUACGCAUUCAACUUGUUGCCACUGGUACCGUUAUAUUUGUCUAGUGGCUUAGGUUGGAAGUACUCAACAGUGAGGAAUCAAUCUCUGAUAGGCAGAGUGUACACAGCAGACCUAAGUUACUUGGAAAAUAUUGGUUACUUUAUAUCUACUGUCUUAAUGAUGGUCGCUUUCAUUGCUGUCAUCUUUCUGACCGUACUGUUGACAGUACAGCUACACAAAAUGACCAAAUGGAGGAAUAAAAAUUCUGCUGUGAAAGAUGGACUAAAAAACAUCACAGCCAAGGAGAAAGUGGCGCUCAGGACAGUCCUGGUCAUUGCCUGUGUCCUUGUUAUCACAUUCAUUCCAAGCUUUACAUUUUGUUGGAUAUUUUUUGUUGUUCCAGACUUUAGGCCCGAUGGUCAUCUGAAAGAUGCUUUCUUCGUUAUUGCCUCCUUCUCUUUCGUGUUCGACUCUUUGAACGCCAGCACCAACACUGUUUGGUAUUUCAAAAUGAAUUCCAAUUAUAGAAAGACGUUUCACAGGCUGUUUCUGAAAUCUUUGAAUCAAAAGUGAAUCAUUGAUAAUGUCACGCUAAGACUGAUGUUCAAAAUACCGACCUAAGUAAAGGAGUGCAAAAAUAGUUGCUACUGGUUGAAUAGAACAGUAAUAUACGAGCACGCAUUUCACCAAUUUGAAGUUUAUAAUCAGGCAUUGAAGAAAAGAUUUAAGCUACAGUAACUUUUGUUUGAACAAAUGCCUAUGAAAUGUAGGCCUGAAAAUAUUUUUUAGUGGUAAACAAAUCAUCACUACAUCAAAGUUUGAUGUCAGUUGAGAAAAAUAAAAGUUAAAUAAUCAUUAAAAACUCAUUGAAUGUAAUAAACUCACUAAAUAAACUCAAGAUUUAAAGUAAUAAGAUACUAUAAUUCAGUGUUUUCCAAGUUGUUCUGCACAACCCCAGUAUUAUACGAGACCUGAAAAUGUGUUCCAUAAACAACUGGAAUAAUGAACUAUUAGGUCACCACGGGAAGUAACCUCUUUAAAAAAUAUGUGAAGUGUAUAGUUCUAUAC